AUGCCCCCACCCACAGCCCCUUUGUACACACUAGGCCUGGACUGUUACGCCCGAGUGGGCGUCAGCUCAGCCGCAGCCUCCCGCCCCCGGCGCCGUGUGCCCCUCGGCGCUCCUCCAUCCCGGCCCGGCCGCGGGGCCCCUGCUCAGAGCGCGCAGCUCCUCCCUGCCGUCUGCACGCCCCGGCCCGGCCGGCUCCCGUCCUGGGACCGAGGAGAGUGCCGCCAGGGCUGA